AUGGAAAAUGAGGCGUCAUUAGCCGCCAACAGAGACAUUGACGCACAGCUACGACCCAGAACCACCGUUUCCCGCGAUCACCGUCAUCCGCCGUCCCGCAGGGACGACACAAGAGAUACCCUCCAGAUGCACAAUAACGAACGAACACCUUUACUUCCCCGGUCAGGGGAAGACUCAGACCAGACAGAUUGGGACCCCUCUCAAGAUGCUGCCGACGAAACCCCAUCGGCGUCGUUGCCAUCCUGGCGGAGACCCAGUGUCCUCUGGCUUUUCCCCUUUCUGCUCCUCUAUAUGCUUAGCUUCGGGGGGCCUGUGGUCCCCAAGAUCAACCUAAUGAUCUCUAUGAUCUGUAGGGAUUACAUGCAGAAGAGAGCUGAAGCGGACCCAGGUUUCACUUAUCUUCCUGUCAUCAUCGGCCAGGACAAUCCUCAGUGUCAAAUUCCAGAGGUCCAGUCUCUUGUGUCGCGAUUCCAACUUAUUUUCAACCUGGUAGCCGGCAUCCUGUCGGCUUUGGUUAGUCCUCGACUAGGUCGCAUAUCAGACCGCUAUGGCAGGACACGGAUUAUCGCCUUGAGUGUUCUCGGGACUCUAUUUGCGGAAGCCAAUGUCCUCCUUGUGGCAGCUAAUCAAGAGGAAAUGUCUGUCAACAUGCUGUUACUGAGUGCGAUCAUAGAUGGACUAGGGGGUUCCUUUACGACCGUUCUGGCCUUGACAACAUCGUAUGCGUCCGACUGCACAAGCUUCAAAAAACGCAGCGUGGCAUUUGGCUACCUGCAUGGAUGCGUGUUCAUUGGAAUGGCUGCUGGCCCACUCCUGGUCGCCUUUCUGAUUAAAAGUACAGGCACCAUAUUAAGCGUCUUUUAUGCCGCGGUGGCGCUCAAUGCGGUUUUCUUCCUAGCGCUUCUCCUUGUUAUUCCCGAGUCACUUUCAAAGGAGCGUCAGCACAAUGCACGCGAAAAGCGACGGGUGAGACACGCCAACAAGGAAAAGAUACGCUGGUUCACACUUCAACGCUGGAACCCGAAGAGAAUUGUUACCCCGUUGACACUUCUGUAUCCGCCCGUUGGACGCCCCAGUACCUUGUUCCCUUACCCUGGAGGAGCCACCUCCGCUAUCCGAAGGAACAUCCUUCUGCUUUGUGCGAUUGAUACUGUCAUAUUCGGACUGGCGAUGGGGGCUGCUCAAAUCGUCAUCAUAUAUGCAGAAUAUAUGUUCGGCUGGGGAAACAUCGAAUCGAGUUUAUAUAUCUCCCUGGUCUGCUUUGUCCGGGUAUUCAACCUCUUUGCCGUCCUACCCGCAGUGUCAUGGGUUUUCCGCAAGCAACAGGUCGGGGACCACGAGAUCCCGGGAUCGGACAUGCUCGAUGUGGUCCUUAUCCGUGUCUCUAUGUUGCUCGAUUUGGUUGGACAUGCAGGAUAUGCCUUGUCGAAAGACAGCGGCGUGAUGAUUUUCUCCGGAGUGAUUACAGCCCUCGGAGGAAUGGGAUCGCCAAUGUUGCAGUCUUCCCUUACCAAGCAUGUGCCCCAUGAGCGGAUCGGACAGAUUUUGGGACUCAAGGGACUUUUACAUGCACUUUCUCGAGUGAUUGCUCCCACUGUUUGCAGUCUGAUCUAUAGUGUGACUGUUGCCAAACUGCCCCAGGCCGUCUUCUUUUGUUUAACCGGGAUCUAUUUGCUCGUGCUGGGCUGCAGCUUCUUUAUCAUACCUCACGCAUCGCUUCCGGGAACCAGUACAGACGACGAUGGACACGCUGAGCCGAACCAGGAUGGCGAAGAGGUGGAGACACUGCUGCGAGAAAGCACGGGUACUUUAUGA